AUGGAAGCAAUGACGAGGAUCAAAUUCGAGUCAAGAGAAAGCUCAUCGAGUGAUGUGCCGCCCGAUCCAAUUCCCUCAACUUCCCAUGGUGAUUGUAUAAUCUGUGAGCAAAAAGCGCACGGGAUUCAUUUUGGAGUACUCUCUUGUCGGGCUUGUGCUGCUUUCUUCAGGAGAACUAUCGUCCUCAAAAAGGAAUAUCCGUGUCGGAGAUUCUCGAAGAAAUGCAUUAUAUCAAAAGAGAUUCGAUAUUUGUGUCGUUAUUGCAGAUUUCAGAAGUGUAUCGAAGCGGGGAUGACACCGGAUAAUGUCGUUUACCCGAAAGACGGCGAUUUUCAAGGAGAAGAGCCGAAGAUUCGCGUGAAAAAAGAGCUCAAGAUUGAGACCUCGUCGCCAAAACCUGAAACAAUGCAGGAACCCUUCAACCCGCCCUCCUCCUCAUCCUCCUCAAUAUCGACAAGCGUUCCGGCGACGAAAAUCUCCGUCGAAUGUAAAUCGCUUGCCCAGAAACUCAUCGAGAUUUUCAAGACGUUUCAUCCACUCGAGAGUCGAAGCGAUCUGACGGGCAUUCACCAGUUAGCCAUGGCCACCUACUCACUCAAGACGCCCGAUCCCGAACUACAGAUUUUGGAAAUCCUGGACAUCAACCAAAUUGGUGGCUAUUGGACCCGUGUGUUAGUCGAUGUGGCCCAAUGGAUGCAGUACAUAAAAGAUUUUGGGAUAAUCGAUUUUCAGGACAAGAUCAAAAUCCUCCGCAACUGUUGGUGUUCGAUCCAUCGUUUGUUGAAUGUGGUCGAAUCACUCGAGGCUUUCGGCGAGGAUGUUUUCAGUGAACAGGUGAUGAUCAUCGGGAAAAAGGCCGUCUCAGCCAAAAAGAGUCAAUUCCCAAAAGAAAUCCCGUCCUGGCAAACAUUGCAAAGCAACUUUGUUAAAUCAACGGUGACAGUGAUCGAGGCGAUCGCGAGGCCGAUGUUCGACAUGUGCGCCACACAUAUGGAAUUGGCUUUUCUGUUGGGGAUGACGCUUUGGGAUUUGAAAGGCUUAGCCGUUUCCGAGUCGACGCUGCUGAUCGCAGAGAGAUUUCAGGCGCGACUGGCCGAGGAGAUGCACGAGUAUUACACGAACACGUGGAAAGUCCCAUGCUAUGCACCGAGACUUAUUCAACUAAUGGAAAUAUUGAGGGACAAUGAGAACCUGCAAAAAGAGCGAGCCGACCGUCUCUCCCUUCUCCAACUCUUCGACAUUUUAAGUCUUGAGAUCGGCGAUCAAUCGUUGAUCGAUCCAUUGAGAUGU